GGCUUCAAAUAGUUAUUAGCCAACUUGCAGGUUUACUUCCCUUCAAACCUGGAUAAUUUAAUUGGAUUUGGAAGAACAAAAGUAGGAGGCCUUGCCUAUUUUCCCAUGAGAAAAAAAUUGGCUAUUUUAGCUACAUCUCGCCUCAAAACGGAUCCAUGGUCUUCCUCAGAAACCUCUCAUGUAACGCCCAAGACGCUGGCGCUGGAUGCUAAACUGGCUGUAGAUGCCACUGGAAGUUGCGGAAUGCUGUGAAGAUAACAGGCUAAGCACCGCAAGGCAAGGCAAACUUGAGAAGCGGCUAGUGGAAGAUCUGUCAUUGAAUCAGUUGGGAUUUUUUUUAGGGAAAUUACAUUACAUUUUUUGUUACAAAAGCAUAGAGCACUUACGUUGUCUUUCCUAAAUUAGUUCGGAAUAAUUGACAGGCUCUGGCAUCAAGGGAUUAGGACUGGACAUUUCAAUUCCAAGAUAGAGCUCUGCCAAUCGUUGAGCACAUCAGGAUUUACUCGUUCUGCAUCAGGAUUUACAUCAUUCACCUGAUACAGCAAGGAACAGAAGACAUUCCUGUUGUCCUGAUUUAACUUCAGGAGAAUGUGUCUGUGCCAAGAUCUGUAACAAGUGAAAUUCUAGGAGCAUACCAUUCCCAUACAUUGGAUGAGAGCGGUGCUUGGUGGUGUACCUCAAACUACUGCAAGUUUCCCAAGACUCAGCUCCGAGCUUCAGCCCCCAGUCUCAGCCCUCCACCCUCCCAGAUUAAGGGUGGCACAUUUGGAAGAGGAUAUUCCUAACAGGAUUUAAUCGCCAUGUGGUUCAAGAAUGGUGGUACGGCCGAUAGUGGCAUGGUGGAGAAGCCCUCUGAACCCCAGUCAUUCAACAUCCCGAUGGAAGAGACCAUCUGUAAUGGGGGAACACAGGAGCCACCUGUGCUGACACAUCUAAAGAAGGUGGAGAAUCACAUCACAGAGGCCCAGCGUUUCUCCCAUCUCCCCAAGCGUUCGGCGGUGGACCUGGAAUUCAAAGAGCUCUCCUACAUCAUCCAGGAAGGGCCAUGUUGGAGAAAGAGAGGUUUUAAAGCCUUAUUGAAGAGCCUGUCGGGGAGAUUCUGCACUCGAGAGCUAAUUGGAAUAAUGGGACCCUCAGGAUCUGGCAAGUCCACUCUGAUGAACAUCCUGGCUGGCUACAGGGAAACGGGUAUGAAAGGGAAGAUCCUAGUAAACGGGAAGCCCAGAGAUCUCCGCACAUUUCGUAAAAUGUCCUGUUACAUCAUGCAGGAUGACAUGCUACUGCCACACCUCACUGUCCAGGAGGCGAUGAUGGUUUCUGCCAACUUGAAACUCAGUGAGAAUACGGAAGUUAAAAAAGAACUGGUGAAUGAGAUCCUGACUGCUCUAGGGCUCCAGGAGUGUGCUCACACUCGCACAAACUCCCUAUCUGGGGGGCAGUGUAAACGCCUAGCCAUCGCUCUGGAGCUAGUCAACAACCCCCCAGUCAUGUUCUUUGAUGAGCCAACCAGUGGGCUGGACAGUGCCUCUUGCUACCAGGUGGUCUCCCUCAUGAGAUCUUUGGCUCAGGGAGGACGUACCAUCAUCUGCACCAUCCACCAGCCCAGUGCCAAGCUCUUUGAGAUGUUUGAUAAGCUGUACAUCCUGAGUCAGGGCCAAUGCAUUUACAAAGGCACCGUCCAGUACCUCAUCCCCUAUUUGAAGAACCUGGGUCUCCACUGUCCUACCUAUCACAACCCGGCAGACUUCAUCAUCGAGGUGGCUUCGGGGGAGUAUGGAAACUUGAAUCCUGCUCUGUUUGAGGCGGUCAAAGGGGGAAUGUGUGCCAUAGAAGAGAAAAACAACUCCUGUGACAAAGAAGAUUCAUCUGCCAUCUGUCCGACCAAGUGCCCAAAAGACUCAGGAGACAUUGAAAGCCAUUCAUUUGCCACAAGCACUUUUACACAGUUCCGCAUACUCUUCCACAGAACUUUCAUAACAAUUUGUAGAGACCAGGUGCUUACACAUCUACGGCUGAUGUCACACAUAUCUAUAGGAGUUCUGAUUGGCUUGCUCUACUUGAACAUCGGCAAUGAUGCGGACAAGGUCUUUAACAACACUGGCUUCCUCUUCUUUUCCAUGCUUUUCCUUAUGUUUGGAGCUCUGAUGCCCACCGUGCUCACAUUUCCUCUAGAGAUGUCAGUGUUUUUGAGGGAACAUCUGAAUUAUUGGUACAGCCUGAAGGCUUACUAUCUAGCUAAGACCAUGGCUGACAUUCCAUUUCAGGUCAUCUGCCCCAUCAUGUACUGCAGCAUAGUCUACUGGAUGACAGAUCAGCCUCCGGAGGCCGUACGCUACCUGCUCUUUGUGGCAUUAUCCAUCAGCACGGCCCUGGUAGCCCAGUCGCUGGGGCUCCUGGUUGGUGCUGCCUCCACAAACCUCCAGGUGUCCACUUUUGUCGGGCCUGUCACUGCAAUCCCUGUCCUUCUGUUCUCUGGCUUCUUCGUCAACUUUGACACCAUUCCCAAGUACCUGCAAUGGAGCUCCUACGUUUCUUACGUCAGGUAUGGCUUUGAGGGGGUGAUCUUAUCCAUAUAUGGGAUGAACCGUUCAGAGCUGCAUUGUCCGGGGAAAGCGUGUAAGUUCCAGCAGCCUGAGGAGGUACUCCAACUGUUGGACGUGGAGGAUGCCAAGCUGUACAUGGACUUCAUCAUUCUGGGGAUCUUCUUUGUGAUUCUCAGAUUAGCUACCUACCUGGUGCUGCGCUACAAGGUCAAGUCGGAGCGAUAGGUCUGACUCUCAAGGCCCAAUCCAAUUCUGAGCAAAGCUACUGUACUCCUGCGUGUGGGUUCCACAUGUAGUUGAUCUCAGUACCAUAAACGCUGCUCGGAAAGCCAGGAACUUCUCUUUUCUCUGAUUAGGUCAUGACGGGACUAGAGAGAGACAUCUUCAAGCGUACUUUUUUUUUUACCUCAGCAAGUAGCAUCUACAAGCGUAUGUAGCUUAAGGUAGGGUGACACUGAUGAUGGCACACAGGUGGAAGGAAGGAACUGGCCUGCAGGAAAAACCAAGAACAGAGAAUGUUUACAUUUCAUAUAGCCUUGGCAUCGCCAGAGGACAUUCUUCUGUUGCACUGUAGUGUGUGUCUGUUUUUAAAGACAAACUGGUAUUUGGUGUUGAUUCAACUGAACUAAACAAAUCACUAUCUUUCACUUUCAUCAGUAGUUUUGUUACAGUUUUUACUGCUGAGAAAUAGAAAAUAAUUAUGACUACUUUUACCUGUUUAAACAUUAUUAAAAAAACACAUCUGUAGAUUAUUAGGCUAUUAAUUGGUUUAUAUUGUAUGAAGAAUACAAGUUCUUCAAAAUGUAUGAUUUUUAGUAUUUUGGUUUCUGUAAUCAUUUUUCAAAGCCUGUCAAGAUUUUUAAUAGAGUUGAAAUUAUUUUUUUAUUUCAAUGAUUUCAUACUGUUUACAUACUACAUUAUCUACGGCACUGUAUUAAUGCAAUGUUUCUGAGUUUAGAUUGGUUCUAGUUUAUUGAAAGGUGGCUAAUAUGCCACCUAACAAUGGAUGAUUUUAAUACUAUAAUGCCCGUUUCAUACACUUUAUGCAUGACUAACUACCACCUUGUGCACAAGCAUAAAUAUUUUAUUUUUGAGAACUUGAUGUCUUGUACAGUAUAUUGUCUGGGUUGCAAAUUGGACAUUGGUUGGAAUUUAAACCCAGGUUUUAUGAAAAUCAUUAAAGAAAAGUGAAAAUAGGAUUCAAUUGAUCAAAUCCUGACUUUUAUACAGCACAUUGUGAUACGCCUAUGAGAUCCAUCAGGUUGGCCUGUUACCAUCAUUCUGUUUGGGUUAUAGAAACUCAGUGUAUUAUAAUGCACCUUUCUGGUAUUUUAAUGAAGACUUCUUACUUUAGUGAUUAUGCUGAAGGCACAUGCACAGAUGGGUCUCAUACCACAUACCUCAGUGGGCUAACAAUAACCCUACUCGACCAGGACCGAGCAUUUGCACUUUUGCUUAUGAAAAAGUGCACUUGCCAC